UCAUAACAGCUCAUCGUCAGGCGGCUCAUCAUCAUCAGGUCGCUUCUCUGGGCUUCCAGACACCUGACGCCACGCCCACUCACGAAUGAAGCUCUCGACUCGUUUGCAUUGGGUCAGCUUAAAUCCAGCAAGCCCGAUGCAACCCAACGAUAUACGGUCAAUUUGAGGCUCGAUCGCCUCCUUUGCCGCGGCAGCACGUCCACGAGUCCUCCGCCCGUCACCCUCGACGGCACUCGGGUCACUGAAUGCACAACAGCACACACCCACAAGCAAGAUGUGCAAAGGAACACUCCAGGAGUACCUCGACGGAACACUCACCUGGGAACUUUACGAUAGGCAAACUCAAAAGUCCCAUUUGCAGUCCAUCCCGCAUUCUUCCCCUCCCCCAGCAUCCACCAGACAUCCACCUCCUCCUCUUGCAUGUGCACCGCGACACACUGACCAAUGAAAGCAGCGCCGCCCUCCAGCUGCUCUGGAUCUGCGAGAAAAGCAUCAACCCAGACGUCAUAUCACCUUCUGUUCCCCCUCCCCACCCACCUCCCCAGAUGAGCAGCAAAUCACCCGUCUCGAGCCGCUCGACCUUCUUGACGUAUCGCUCCAGAGCAUUCUGGUUUGACUGAUUGAUGCCGCUUCGCUGACCCACACAUGCCGGCGCAUGGGCUCGCAGGCCGACCUUCUUCAGUGCAUCGUCGAGCUGCUGGUAACUGGGGGUAGAGAUGUACUGUGGCACCUGACAGACAGACAGACAGACAGACGGACAGUGGCCUGGAGCAUAUUUGCAGGGAACCACCGCCCAGCAGCUCACGUCGAUGUGUGGAUGCGUGCGACCAGUCUCCGAGAACGAUGAUUGCGGCAGAGAAAAGUUGAUGCUCUCGCGCUCGUAUGUCCCGAGCGCCAACCUUUUGCAGUAGUCGAUCUCUGCAUUGGAAAACAUCUCGGGCCAGUUGUCCUUGAUCUUCUCCAUUUCACUUGCCACAGCCAU